AUGACAAACCGUGAAGAGCCAUAUAAACGCUCAAGGGUAUUUGAUACGGGGGAAAUAAAUAACUUUCUAAGAAUCACCGAUUGACUCAUUCCCCGUAUUGCUACUCCACAUUCAAAUGGCGACUAAGAAAACAGUUAUCGCAUUCGAUCUCUACGGGACACUACUAUCCACCGAAUCCAUCGCCCAGGAACUAGCCAAGAUUUACGGCGAAGACAAAGCUAAAUCAUUAGCUGCAUUAUGGCGACGGUAUCAGCUGGAAUACACAUGGCGGAUUAAUAGCAUGGGCGAGUACAAAUCAUUCAGCGAAAUAACACGCAAUGCGCUGGGACACGCCGUAGCGGAGCAUGAAUUGACGCUCUCGGCGAAAGACGCGGAUACGCUUAUGAAGUCAUAUGAUGCACUACAUGUCUUCCCUGAAAUACCUUUAGCUUUGAAACUUUUGGAGGAAAACGGUGAUAGGGUUGAAGCUUAUGUCUUCUCGAAUGGUACCGAUGAAAUGGUGGGGAAUUCGAUUAAUACUUCGCCGGAAUUGGGACCUCAUGCGGGAAGGUUCAAAUCGCUGAUUACUGUUGACGGUCUUAAGUGUUUCAAACCGGAUAGGAGGACGUAUGACCAUCUCGUUGAACAGGCUGGCAAGCAAGGAGAAGCAAGCGACGUAUGGGUUGUGAGUGCGAAUCCGUUCGAUAUCGCAGGGUCAAGAGCUGCGGGAUUGCAAGCCGCAUUUAUCGAUCGGGCUGGCAAAGGCUGGAUAGACCGACUGGAACCAAAUCGCAAUCCUUCGGUCGUAGCAUCAGGUGUCGAUGAAGCGAUCAAGUCAAUUUUAAAGAAUUAGUGCAUUAUCAUACUAAGUAUAUAUCAUAACUAUU